GAGCCAAUCAGAGCGCAGGUUUUUGUCUCGCGCUGGGCCGCUGCAUGUUCACUCAUCAUGUCUUCGACUGAUGCUAAUAGUGGCCCCAGUCAAGCACCACCUUUCCCUGGUGUACCACCUUCAGGAAUCACCCUGCCCUUUAUGGGGCCACCAGGAAUCCCGCCUCACUUCCCUCCAAUGGGAAUGCCACCCAUGGGCCAGAGGCCGCCCAGCAUGGCUCCCAUGCCCCCGGGAAUACUGCCCCCCAUGAUCCCCCCGAUGGGAGCUCCACCCAUGGCACAGAUGCCAGCCAUGCUACCACCAAUGAUAGCAGGAAUGAUGAUGCCCCCCCGACUGCCAGCUGCAUCAAUCCAGCCUACGGGACCGCCUGGUGUGAGUCCUGUGGAGUCUGCAGCACCGGCUGCUCCUGGAACAGCUAGCACCACAUCAACUGAAUCUGAUGAACAGCCAAAAAAGAAGUCAGUAUGGACGGAGCACAAAUCACUGGAUGGAAAAACAUAUUACUACAACACAGAGACCAAACAAUCCACCUGGGAGAAACCGGAUGAACUCAAAUCACCUGCAGAGCUCUCCGAACCACAACCUCAAAUGUUGUCCAAAUGUCUGUGGAAAGAGUAUAAGUCAGACAACGGCAAGCCUUAUUACUACAACUCCCAGACCAAAGAGUCUCGCUGGACUAAACCCAAGGAGCUGGAGGACCUGGAGGCGAUGAUAAAGGCAGAAGAAAACGGGACGGCUGAUGUUGUGGCUCCUGGCACCACCCCUGCUCUUACAUCUCAGAGCGAGUCGUCUGUUACCGUGGCAGCAGUUGCUGAGAAGGAGGCUACCAUGGCAACAGUCGCCACAGAGGAACAGCCGUCUCACGUGCCUGCUCCGGUUGCGGAGGUCAGCAGUGAUGUCACAGUUAACUCCACUGAGGACACGCCCAUCGUAGAGACACAGCCCAGUAAUGAUGUUUCUAAGGAGGAGAGACCUGAGCUGGUGAAGAAAGUUUACAAGUGGAACACAAAAGAGGAGGCAAAGCAGGCAUUUAAAGAACUGCUGAAGGAAAAGGGCGUUUCCUCCAAUGCAUCAUGGGAGCAGGCAAUGAAGCUGAUAAUUAACGACCCUCGUUACAGUGCUCUGCCUAAGCUGAGUGAAAAGAAACAGGCGUUCAAUGCUUAUAAAGUCCAGACAGAGAAAGAGGAAAAGGAAGAAGCCAGAAUCAAAUACAAGGAGUCUAAAGAGACUUUCCAGCGCUUCCUGGAGAACCACGAGAAGAUGACCUCCACCACACGAUACAAGAAAGCGGAGCAGAUGUUUGGCGAUCAGGAGGUGUGGUCAUGUGUCCCCGAGAGAGACCGGCUGGAGAUCUACGAAGAUGUGCUCUUUUAUUUAGCAAAGAAAGAGAAGGAACAAGCCAAGCAGCUGAGGAAGAGGAACUGGGAAGCUCUGAAGAACAUUUUGGACAAUAUGGCCAAUGUGACGUACAGAACGACGUGGUCUGAGGCCCAGCAGUACCUUCUGGAUAACCCCACCUUUGCUGAAGAUGAGGAGCUACAGAACAUGGACAAGGAAGAUGCUCUGAUCUGUUUCGAGGAACACAUCCGUGCUCUUGAGAAAGAGGAGGAGGAAGAGAAACAGAAAACUCUGCUGCGAGAGAGACGCAGACAGCGCAAGAACCGAGAGUCUUUCCAGAAAUUCCUGGAUGAGCUUCACGAUCACGGGCAGCUGCACUCCAUGUCUGCCUGGAUGGAGAUGUACCCAACCGUCAGCGCUGAUAUCCGCUUCAACAACAUGCUGGGCCAGCCAGGUCUCUCUCUCCCUCUCCCUCUCGUGGCGCUUAAAUCGUUGCCUUGGUUACCGCUAUUUUUGAGGUAUGCAUUUACUCAAGUCUCACUCCUGUGUGUUUGUUCACUGAAGGGCUCGGAGUCAGAAGAUGAUGAGUAUCACUCGAAGAAGAAGAAACGCUCUGCUUCUAAAUCUCCAUCCGAGCACUCGUCCUCUGGGGAAUCUGAGAGGAGUUACAAGAAAUCGAAGAAACACAAGAAGAAGGGAAAGAAAAGACGACACAAAUCAGCCUCCCCCGAGUCUGAAGGAGAGAAAGAGCGGAAAGGAAGAGAGAAAGAGAAGGAUAAAGAGAAUGACAAAUCCAGAGGGAAGACACGUGGAGAAUCCAAACAGAAAUCCCCCAAAAGAAAGAGUACAAAAGAAGAGGGUGGAUGGGAUACGUCCGGAAGCGAGCUGAGUGAAGGAGAGCUGGAGAAGAGGAGGCGCACUCUCCUGGAGCAGCUGGACGCACCAUAAAUCACUGUCUGUCAGUCUCUCUCUUGCAUUC